GAACUUAUUCGAGAUCCUGGGAUCCACCAUGAAAGUGCGACACAAGGAAUUCGUUCCGUGGUGACGGCGCAGCGAUUUCGUGAGGUAUAUUAGGAGGGGUGGGAGAGAGUGGUGGAGUAGAGUCAGCGUAGGGAUUGAAAUUGGAUACGGUUCGUGUUGCGCCUAUUCGCGCUGCUGUCUGAGUUGCAUGACGGGGAACGUGACGUGGGGAGGACCUGGUGUCGCAUCAGCCGCUUGUUUGAAUAGGACCUUGUGUCGUUGGGAUUAGCGUGGGCGGGAAUUGAGAGCGCAGGCGUGAGAAUUGCGGUAAGCUUCGGAGCGGGGACGGUCGUGAUUGCAGGUAGAAGAGGUUGUAGAGGAUUUCUUGAGAGGCUCGUAAAAGAGGGAGAGAGAGAGGGAGCAGAAGAGAGUUGAAGAGCGUGAGAGCUGGAUUGAGGUGGUUGUGGAGCGAUGCAGUCGCUGAUGAAAGUUGUGCUUGCACCUCGAACGGGGUCGGCGACGGAGAGCGAGAGGAGAAAGAAGAAGAAGGAGGAUGUUUUGCUGGAGCGCAGUUUGUCGUCUUCAACUCGGUAUCCGUCAAUGCCGCGGUACCCGCUGUCGCCCUUGCAUGGCGAAGUUGACGUCUCGGAGAUUCGCAAAGCAAAUUUGAAGGUUACAGGGAUGGAGUGCGCAGCGUGUGCGGGGUCCAUCGAGAAAGCCGUGAAGAGGUUGCCCGGCAUCGAGGAAGCAACGGUGUCAGUAUUGCAGAACCGGGCUCAAGUUGUGUACAGGCCCGCCUUCGUACAGGUACAAUUCCUCCCACUCCGUGUUGUUCAGAAUUCCGUCGGGACCGGUGAAGCGGGGAUCGUUCGCGCAGCACGCGGUGCAAUGCGGACGGCAAGAAGAUGCUUGUAGCAAUGUUGUAGGAAACGACUUGAAAGGUGUGCAGUGAGGGGUGCUCCAAAACUUUGCAUGUGGUGAGAGGGUCAAUUUAGCAAUCCGCCAGAUGGACCGUGGCAGCUAGGAGCUCAGAAGUAAGAUGGAUGU